AGAUGCUUCGAAAGUUGAAUGUCGGUGGAUGUUUUCGGCAGAUGGGAGGGAUUGCUCGAUUGCAGCACGACAGGUUUCCUCCUCUCCGCAGGAUGGCCGUCUACUCUCUAGGAGAACAUCAUCCAACCCUGGAGAAGGAGACCUGGGUGGCUCCGAACGCUGCUGUGAUCGGCAAGGUGAAGAUGGAGCAAGGGUCAAGCGUGUGGUUCUCCGCCACUCUGCGAGGAGACAAUGAGUUGAUACAUGUGGGCAAGGACAGCAACAUCCAGGACGGCUGCGUCGUGCAUACUGACAUAGGGUUUCCUGUGAACAUCGGGCAGAGAGUCACAGUCGGACACAAGGUGAUGCUUCACGGCUGUCAGAUCGGGGACGAUACCCUGGUGGGCAUAGGGAGCACAAUCUUGAACGGGGCGAAGAUCGGCAAGGGCUGUCUCAUCGGGGCACACUCGCUGGUGCUGGAGAAUACUGAGAUCCCCGAUGGGAGCCUGGUUCUUGGAAGCCCGGCAAAGGUUGUAAAGGAGGUGUCGGCCGUGAUGAGGGAGGCGAUGAAGAGCGGGCCGUUGACUUACAAGCACAAAGCGAUGGAGUUCGAGAAAGAUUUGAAGGAGGUUAAGGACUGAAGCGCAGUAGGGAAACCUGUGAAAGAUCAAACAAGUAGAAAUGGAAGGCAGAGUGACAACGAGGUCUUGCAAAAGGACGCGGGAACGCACUCGAGUUUCAUAACACGAUUUUCUCCGUCCUCUUUGAUAAAGAAGACAUUUCUCGG